AUUGUGACCGCGACUCGGCAAAAAAGCGCAUACCGUGUUAAGUAAUAGUAAGAGUAAAAGUAACUGGUGUAUCUAGUGAUUUUGGUGCUCCAAAAAUUUCACCAACCCAGUCUACAAGCAUAGAAUCUAAAAAUAUACAAAUAAAUACAUUCCAACAUCUAACAAGUGUCUUGGCAAUAAGUACUUUUUUUACUAGCCAUUAAUUUGUCGGUAUUCCUUGCCAUUGCAUCAUUAAAAUUGCGUCAGUAGUGCACGCCGUCUGACCGGAUAAAAUUUAACUUCUUCUAUUUGAAAGCUUCUAUACAAGCAAACAUUCAUGUAUUUAUUGGCUAUACACACAUGUACUGAUUAUAUACAACACGGUGGUGAUAAUGUGACGAAAAAAAAAUAAUCACACGUAAAUAUUGAAUUAUGUAAUGGUUGUAAACAAAAAGUUAACAAUCAAGUGCUCUAGUGAGGUCUAUAACUAAUUACAAAUACAAAUAAUAACUAAUACAAUAAUCUAAAUUGUGUGUAACAUAACUGCCGCCAUUAGGCGUAUUUUAAUAUAAUUACGCAAGUACUGUGUUAUUAAAAAAAGCAACAAUGGCUAGUUAUGUCACUAUGAGUUCAACAGGACAAUCAGAUGAAACUAUGGACGAUGAUAUUGAUGACAAAGAUGACACAAAGAGAAAAUCAAGAAAUUUAAGUGAGAAAAAAAGACGAGAUCAAUUUAAUAUGCUGGUCAAUGAGUUGGGCAGUAUGGUCAGUACCAACACACGUAAAAUGGAUAAAUCCACGGUAUUAAAAUCGACAAUAUCGUUUUUAAAAAAUCAUAAUGAGUCAUCAGUACGAUCUCGCGUCCACGAGAUCCAAGAAGACUGGAAACCGUCCUUCCUUUCCAACGAAGAAUUCACGCAUCUAAUCCUCGAAGCUUUGGACGGUUUUAUAAUGAUCUUCUCCUCAAAUGGUCGCAUUUAUUACGCAUCUGAGAGCGUGACUUCCCUAUUGGGCUACCUUCCCAGCGAGCUGGCCAACUCGACAAUCUACGAGAUAACUUACGAAGAAGACCAAUCUCUUCUUUACAACGUCCUCCUCAACCCCAGUCCAAUUAUAGACCACCAACAAAUCAAAGAAGAGCACCAAGUCUCCUUCACUUGCCACAUAAAACGUGGUAACCUCAAUCUCCAAGAAGAACCUACCUACGAACUGAUCCGCUUCGUCGGAUACUUUCGUUCCAGCUCUGACAUCGAGUCUCUUUUGCCCAGCAGCCGUUAUUCCACAAACCCCAGCGACUCUAAAGUAAUUUUCAUUGGCACUGGUCGCCUCCUAACUCCCCAUCUAAUCCAAUAUAUGUCAUUAAUCGACAACACCAAGCUAGAGUUCACUUCUCGUCACAGUUUGGAGUGGAAAUUUCUCUUCCUGGACCACCGAGCGCCUCCAAUAAUCGGGUACUUACCUUUUGAGGUUCUUGGAACUUCUGGAUACGAUUACUACCACGUAGACGACCUGGACAAAGUUGUCUCUUGCCACGAAUCUCUGAUGCAAAAAGGCGAAGGGACUUCUUGCCACUACAGAUUUCUCACCAAAGGACAACAAUGGAUCUGGCUUCAAACGCGAUUUUAUAUUGAUUACAACCAAUGGAAUUCUAAACCGGAAUUCAUCGCUUGCACUCACAAAGUCGUCAGCUACGCUGAAGUUUUGAAGCAGUUGAAGAAACUGAAGGAUCUUCCGAGCCAAGAAGCUGCUGAGUCGACAACUGCACCAAUUAUUGCACCCUCUACAAGACAAACAAGAUCAACUUGGUCUCCAAAAUCUGGAAGAAAUAAAAUUUCACAGAAUAUUUAUAGAGGGACUGAAUCAGAUACUACUUCUCUGUCUGUUGGGUCUCAGAGUUCUAGACAAUCGGUUUCGACGUCUCAUAGCCCGAAAACUAAAAUUCCACUUACUGCUAAGAUUACGCUGCUUAAUGAUCAAGGAUCUGGAAUGGUUAGUGGACAAGGACCUGGACCUGGACCAGGACCUGGACCUGGUCAAGGACAAAGAAAGCAAGCUCCUGGAAUUGGAGUUAAUUCUGUUAACUCUGGAAGGCAAGGCGUAGAAUUAAGAAGAGAAGACAUGAGCAAUAAUUAUAUUGAACCUCAUUAUGUGGAACCGAUGAUUUCUGUGCUACCUACGACGAGUUUCGUAACACCGGCGCCGGUAACAGUGACUUUACCCAGCGCGAUGAUAGUCGACCCUCAGUCAAUAAAUUCGACGAUAUCGCAGAAUCAAAUGCAGACAGAGUUGCAGAGGAAACAUGAAGAGCUUCAGCAGCUGAUAGUACAUCAGCAGGAAGAACUGAGGCGAGUUUCCGAGCAAUUGUUGAUCGCUAGAUACGGAAUUUUGUCCCCGUUGAUCAAUGUUAGUGUAUCGGCUUACAACGCGGUCGGUGGGGUAGGGAGUGUUAAUGUGAGUGGUGGUUCUUGUCAAGUUGAAGAAGAAAGAACUGAGGAUACUGGUGUUCUCGAUGUGAGCAUGAAUGUUCUUCCGGUACCGGUUAGUGUACCAGUUCCUAUUCUACCGAUGACGACUUUUCCCCACUCACCGGCAGUGAUACCCGUCGCGCCGAUUGUUAUUCCCUCCCAGGUACCAGAAGCAGCAGGUAGGCCCUUUAUUGGUCAACAAAAAACGCAAAGACAAGAAGGAAUCCCUCAAACGCAAACUCAAGGCCUGACUGAUACUGAAAUGAUGAAUUUUUCGAUUCAGCCGGAUAUUAUUUAUAAUAAUGUUGAGCCGAGAAGUUCUCAUAGGUCUAUGAUUAAUCAAUGAUUUUAAUUAUUAUUUUAAGUGGUUUAUUGAAUUUAUGGCCAAAUUUUUUGGAGACUGUGGCCUUAGUCAAGAACAAAAAUGAUAAAUUUUUAAAGACUAUUUUUGAAGAUAAUUAAUUUUUUUUAUAAUUCAUAAAUCAUUUUGAAUUUAAAGUAUUUCAAUUGGGACCAAAAUAUUGAGAUAAAUUUUUUAUUUACUUAAGGAAAUUAUUUUAAGUAAAAUAAAUAUUAUUUUUGUAUGUGAAUGUGUGGUAAUCGGUAACCGGGCUCUAUAUUCGCGGACAAAAAAUCCCCGACAAAAUAUCCUUAAGAGAAAAAAUCCGCGGGAUAAAAUAUCCAUGGAUAAAAAAUACGCAGACAAAAUAUUUUUAAGUUCAAUAAUAUUUUGAAUAUUAAAAAUGAGUUAAAAUAACCUUCAAUUAUUUAUUAAA